UCCUCUCCAUUUCCUUUGAAAUGGAGAGGCCUCCAGUACACGGUCAGGAUUUUUCUGAAAAUGAUCCACGCUCAAAAACUGGACACGUCAUAAACUUAACCCAAACACCAUGAACUUAACCCACAUAAACUUAACCCAAACCACAUGAACUUAACGCAAGGUUAGAUCAGCCUAUUCCUUUCUCUCACCAACCCAUCUGAAAUCUCAUAGUUCAAACUCUCGUCUCCAACUCUCAUCUCCGAGGUUUUCUCUCAUCUCCACUCUCAAAGUUGUUUCUCUUCUUUUCCCUCCUAGGCCUUGAGACACAGAGUAACACAGAGAUUUUGGAAAGAGAAAAGAGAAGAAAAAAAUGAAUACCCCUCAUGGCACCGAUCCAAGCAGGAAGCAUUGACGGUACCGUGUUCCGCUCCACCGCUAGCAGCCACCGUGUUCCGCUCCACCAAUUCCAGCCAUGGUUCCGAUUGUUCUUGGUCGAGCUUCAUCUUGCAACCACACUACUGCCAGCGGCGGUGCAUAUAGACGGUGUUUACACCAUUGGUGGCCGCUGGUUGAUUGGCAUGAUUAAAGGAAUGCUAUUCUUGAUGUCAAAAAAAAAAAAGGAAUGCUAUUCUUUGUUUGAUCACCAAGAGCGAGAAAUGGCAUCUGCUGGAGGGAUUAGUGCUAUUUUAUUUGGUCGUAUUCAAGAUGACCGGUCUCCUGAAUAA